AUGCAAGCCAAUUUCGCCCUGUCAAAUUUGACAGGAAGAGCAAAGACUUGGGCCUUAGGGCUUAAGCUUCACGACUUAAACGUGUUUGAAUCGUUAGGAAUUUUGAAGUCUCGGCUCAAAGGCACGUUUGAGCCACCGAGAGCCGAGUCUAGAGCGCGCUAUGCACGCUUGAGGGUCAACCAAGGUAAGCGUGAUGUGCAUGCUUACACUCAACACCUGCGCUACCUUGCGAGUAGCGUUUCGGAGAACCCUGUUGAUGAGCACACGCUCAACAACGUGUUCAUCUACGGCCUUGUGGAUGGGCUGUUGAAGACCUACAUGUUUCGAAUGGGCUUCCAUACGCUGGAAAAGGCGAUAGCGUAUGCGGAACCAGAAGACUUCAGCCUGAGACAGUCUCAGGCUAAUUCGUCCAACUAUCGUCCGACGAGACGACAGAAAACCGGAGGUCCCGAACCAAUGGACCUCUGUUACAUCUAG